AUGUUUGCGAAGCAAGGCUUGCGCACACUGGUGCUUGGGAGGUGCGGCCUUAGCCUUGCAGACGGCAUCGGGAGGAACUGGGAAGCUCCUCGCUUCCUAUCUCUUCGUGAGGACAGAGAGGCAGCGCUUGCGGCCGUUGCUGCUCGGAUAGAGAGUUCGCUGGAGAUCGUCGGCGUUACAGCCAUAGAGGACAAGUUGCAGGUGGGUGUGCAGGAUGCGAUCGUCAAGAUUCGGCAAGCUGGAAUCAAACUCUGGGUGCUGACAGGUGACAAGCUGGAGACGGCAAAGAAUAUCGGCUUUAGCACUCGGGUGCUCAGCCAAGAUCUGAGGGCUGAGAGCGCUGAGGGCCCAAGGGCCCAAACUGGAGAAAAGCUCAGAGAGCUUUCUCUUCGCGGUUCCGGCCAGGCCGCCGCUGCGCGGCGCACGCUGGCCCUCAUCGUCACGGGCCACGCGCUGGAGGCGGCGAGCGCACACCUUGGCCCUGAAGCCUUCAGCCUCUCCCGCAGGAGAUCGGGGUCUGGCGUGGCGGAAGCAGCUGUAAACACUCAGGUGGCUAUGCUCUGCUCUGUUGUGAUCGCCUGUCGCGUGUCACCACUGCAAAAGGCGGAGAUCGUGAAGAUAGUGAGGAGAGGCGUGCAUCCAACGCCCGUGACCUUAGCAAUAGGUGACGGCGCGAACGACGUCCCAAUGCUUCAGCAAGCGCAGGUAGGAGUGGGCAUCUCCGGCAGAGAGGGUAACUACACGCACAUGCAGCGUGCAAGAUUGUAUGCCAUCACACUUUGCCAAAGGUAUUUGGUCCGUGCUGUGCUUGUAUCAGAUGUCGGUUCAGACCGAGGCAAAUUCGUCAUCUACAGAGUUUAUAGUGGUUGCUCGCCGGGGGAAUGCUGGCGACCGCGUGUGGCAAGCGAUUUUGACUAUGGCGACAGUGGUUGGCUCAUGUUGGCUCGCUGGUGCUGGCUACCGUUCGUGGCAUUUGAUUUCGAGUUUGUUGGCGCCCUUCGGGGCGUUGCAAAAGGGUUGUGCAACCACUUGCUGGUCCCUGUCUUAGUCGAACGGCGGCUGGAUGGGUCUGCAGUGGCUUGUGGACAAUUCGCGCAUUGCCUGAACGAGGUUCUCCUGAUGUUCUACUACACCUUCUUUUCUGGCUAUGCAGGUCAAAGCCUUUUCGAAGACAUGGUGCGAGCUUCGUACAACUUCGUACUGGCAUUUCCGAUCAUUACGACGGGCAUGUUCGAGCAGGACUUAGAGGAAGAGCAGGUCUUGGCCAAUCCUGGACUGUACGUCAAUGGACGCGAAGGCCUUGACCUCAAUGCAUCCAAACUCGUUGAGAUGCUUUUGUCUGCAGCGGUCCAUUCCUGCGUGAUCGGCGUUGUCAUGCUCCUGGUUUGCCACGACAUGUAUGUCCUGCAAGCUGGUGACUUCUACACCUUUGGCACGAUUGUGUUCACCGUUCUUGUGAUCGCGAUGAACUACCGAGCGGCAUUCCUGACAAGGACUUGGAACGUGGUGACCGUUGCUGGGCAGCUCUGCUCCUUCUUGAUCUACGCGCGUCUCGUCUGCAGAAUUCAUCGGUUAUGUUGUCUACGGCACGUCUUCGUGUGGUGUGUGCUCGGCGUGAUUUCGCCACGGUCAAGAUGA